CAGUGCAGUAUGUUAGUUCUGAGCAGGUAAGCUAACCAACUCAGCAGUCAACUAACUUUCACCUGGCUAACGCUUUGUGUCUGGUUACCAGGGGAAGGAGCCAACGCAACCUGACUGCAAAUGACAACCUCAGCCCCUGCGAUACUAAUUCUGACUGCACAGCUCCAUUCGUGUCGACUGCCCAGAGUCCACGAAUACAGCCCUGCACCUUCCGCCACCACCACCAGUUCCACCUGACCACAUACACACAGGAAAGCAGCAAAUCCCGACACAUUCCAGCUGCCUCUUCUGCCUCUGUUCAGACAUGUCGCUCUACAGUUUUGGCCUGGAGCCGCUCUCCUGCCACGCCUGGAACAAAGACAGGACCCAGAUUGCAGUGAGUCCUAACAACAACAUGGUGGACAUCUAUGAGAGGAAAGGAAAAGACUGGCUCAAGAUCCAUGAGCUUAGUGAGCACAGUGGACGAAUCACAGGCAUUGACUGGGCCCCAGAGUCCAACCGUAUUGUGACAUGUGCCUCGGACCGCAACGCUUACGUGUGGACUCUGAAGGAUGGCAUGUGGAAACCCACGCUGGUCCUGGUGCGCAUCAACCGUGCGGCCACAUGUGUAAAAUGGUCACCACUGGAAAACAAGUUUGCCUUGGGCAGCGGAGCUCGUCUCAUCUCUGUCUGCUACUUUGAGAAGGAAAACGACUGGUGGCUGAGUAAGCACAUCAAAAAGCCUAUUCUUUCCACAGUCCUGAGUCUGGACUGGCAUCCCAACAACAUCCUACUGGCAGCCGGGUCUGCGGACCUUAUCUGCAGGGUUUUCUCUGCCUACAUCAAGGACAUCGAGGACAAGCCUGGACCCACUGCCUGGGGGGCCAAGAUGCCUUUUGGGGAGGUGCUGCUGGAGCAUAAGGACUGUGGGGGCUGGGUGCACAGUGUAUCCUUCUCCCCUAGUGGAGAUCAGCUGGCGUGGGUGGCCCACAACAGCAGCAUUACUGUGGUUGAUGCUGCCCAGAAGAAGGAGGUAACCCAGCUGACUACUAACCGUCUGCCGUUGAUGAGCGUGCUCUACGUCAGCCCCACUGAGAUUGUUGCUGCGGGUCAUGACUGUUGCCCAUACCAGUUCACCUACAAGGGCCCUGAUGCCCUUGAGUUUGUGAAAAAGCUGGACAUCCCCAAGCAGACGUCUAGGGGAAGCCUGUCAGCCAUGGAACACUUCCGCAACCUCGACAAGAAGGCCACUGAUGAGGACAACAGCGAGCUGGGCACCCUUCACCAGAACAGCAUUACGCAGCUGUGUCUCGUAUCAGGGGAGAAAGCUAAAGUGGAAAAGUACAGUAGUGUGAGUCUGGAUGGAGCCAUCGUGAUAUGGGAUUUUAAGCAUUGAACUGAAAUGAAUACAAGGAUGGCAGGCAUACUGAGGACUAUAUCUGCCAGUAAACUCACUGGAACUAUGCAUAUGCUUUUAAGUAACUUGAAAACAUUGUCAGCUCAUGUGCUUUUUGAUAUCUGUGAAUAAAGCAUCUGUCCAAUAAACAAAGAGACCUGACAA